AGCCACCACUGGCCAUAUUUGCUAUUUAGAGAAGCCACAGCCACCUCACACACACACACACACACACACACACUUCACAUAUACAUACAUAACCAUAUUGCAUUAGCCCCAUGUGAGAGGAUCACAGGCUCGUGCUAUUGGUCGUUGCCAUAACAAUAGGGGCGGGGAGGCAAGCGGAGGUGGAGACUGAGCCUGAUUAUAAAAUCCUUCACAGAGACACAUUUGCUUCCUGUAUUUUUUUCUUUCAUAUUUUCAGUUGUUGCCAUUUUUUUGCCUCUCUCUCUCACGCUCUCUCUCUCUCUCUCUCUCUCACUCACUCACACUCUCUCUCUCUCUCUCUCUCUCUCUCUCUCUCUCUCAGCAGAGGGGGGGAAGGAGGGCCUCGCAUGAAAAGCAGCAGAAGGGAAGGCAGUGCAGGAGCAGCCUGUGGAGACGGGGACAGACUGUGUGUGUGUGUCAACCUCCAUCACACUGAAACAUAUACACACACACUCACACACACACACACCCUCCAGUUGUGGAUUUAUCAGUGUUGCCAAAGAAGCUGGAGGGCCUUGUGUCAUCCUCGUACGCAGCAGCAGCAGCAGCAGCAGGGACACACACGUUCCUCGUCCAUUCCUGAGUUCAGGGCACUGAGAAAUGAACAAAAUGAAGAACUUCAAGCGCCGCUUCUCACUGUCCGUGCCGAGAACAGAGACGAUAGAGGAGAACGAGUUCACUGAGCAGAUAAACCAGCUCAACAUCCAGUGCAAUGAGGAUCUGGUGCCAAACAGCCUGGGUCUGCACGCUCUACACCCGUCGCCCAGUCCACUGGCCUCCGACCAUCAGGCUCCAUCUCCCACCCAGCUGCACUACCACAGCAAAGUCCAGCACCGUCGCUUCUCUAUGGAGGACGUGAGUAAGAGGAUGUCUCUGCCCAUGGACAUUCGUUUGCCUCCGGAGUUUUUAAAGAAGUUGCAGAUGGAGAGCUCAGAAUCGUGCAAACCACACAGCCGCAUGUCCAGACGAGCCUCACUGUCUGACAUCGGUUUCGGGAAACUGGAGACAUACGUGAAACUGGGCAAACUGGGAGAGGGCACUUAUGCUACGGUAUUCAAGGGGCGCAGCAAGCUGACAGAAAACCUGGUGGCCCUGAAAGAGAUACGGCUUGAGCAUGAAGAAGGAGCCCCUUGCACCGCUAUCAGGGAAGUUUCACUGCUGAAAAAUCUGAAACACGCCAACAUCGUGACUCUGCAUGACAUCAUCCACACCGACCGCUGCCUCACUCUGGUCUUCGAAUAUUUGGACAGCGAUUUGAAGCAGUACCUAGACAACUGUGGAAACCUCAUGAGCAUGCACAACGUGAAGAUAUUUAUGUUCCAGCUUCUGCGUGGUUUAUCUUAUUGUCAUAAGAGAAAGAUUCUACACAGGGACCUCAAGCCACAGAAUCUGCUCAUCAACGAGAAGGGAGAACUGAAGCUAGCUGACUUUGGUCUGGCAAGAGCAAAAUCCGUGCCAACGAAAACCUACUCCAAUGAAGUGGUGACUUUGUGGUACCGGCCUCCAGAUGUUCUACUGGGUUCCACAGAGUACUCGACUCCCAUAGACAUGUGGGGCGUAGGGUGUAUUUUGUACGAAUUGGCAACGGGACGGCCCAUGUUCCCAGGCUCGACCGUCAAAGAGGAGCUGCACCUGGUUUUCCGUCUCAUGGGAACCCCGACUGAAGAGACCUGGCCUGGGAUUACUGCGAAUGAGGAGUUCAAGUCGUACCUUUUCCCCCUGUACAGAGCCCAGGCUCUAAUAAACCAUGUUCCCAGACUGGACACCGAGGGCAUCGAUCUUCUCUCGGCUCUUCUACUGUAUGACACCAAAAAAAGGAUCUCGGCCGAGGCGUCUCUGAGACACGCGUACUUCCUCGGUCUGGGAGAGAGCAUUCACUCCUUACCAGACACGUCUUCAGUGUUCUUGAUAAAGGAGGUGCAGCUUCAGAAGGACCCCGGCCACCGGAGCUCAGUCUUUCAUCCAGGUCGGGGAAAGAACCGCAGACAGAGUAUAUUCUAACGACUGAUACAUUUAUGGAGGAGGAACAUCAUCACCAUGAAGCGAAUGGCUGUAAAUCUAAACAAACUGCCCAGCUGUAUCCCAAAACCUUCUCAAACUGAAACACACACACACACACACACACAACUGACUGAAGCCAAUUCUACAGUAUUCACUGCUGUUUUAUUGAAUUUGACAAAUUUACACAGCUCGUAAUUUCUCACUGUGCUUUCUCAACACUCAUAUCUGGAUCAGCUUAUCUUGAGAAACGACCUC